CGCCAGAACACAGGUGUCGUGAAAACUACCCCUAAAAGCCAAAAUGGGAAAGGAAAAGACUCAUAUCAACAUUGUCGUCAUUGGACACGUAGAUUCGGGCAAGUCCACCACUACUGGCCAUCUGAUCUAUAAAUGCGGUGGCAUCGACAAAAGAACCAUUGAAAAAUUUGAGAAGGAGGCUGCUGAGAUGGGAAAGGGCUCCUUCAAGUAUGCCUGGGUCUUGGAUAAACUGAAAGCUGAGCGUGAACGUGGUAUCACCAUUGAUAUCUCCUUGUGGAAAUUUGAGACCAGCAAGUACUAUGUGACUAUCAUUGAUGCCCCAGGACACAGAGACUUUAUCAAAAACAUGAUUACAGGGACAUCUCAGGCUGACUGUGCUGUCCUGAUUGUUGCUGCUGGUGUUGGUGAAUUUGAAGCUGGUAUCUCCAAGAAUGGGCAGACCCGAGAGCAUGCCCUUCUGGCUUACACACUGGGUGUGAAACAACUAAUUGUCGGUGUUAACAAAAUGGAUUCCACUGAGCCACCCUACAGCCAGAAGAGAUAUGAGGAAAUUGUUAAGGAAGUCAGCACUUACAUUAAGAAAAUUGGCUACAACCCCGACACAGUAGCAUUUGUGCCAAUUUCUGGUUGGAAUGGUGACAACAUGCUGGAGCCAAGUGCUAACAUGCCUUGGUUCAAGGGAUGGAAAGUCACCCGUAAGGAUGGCAAUGCCAGUGGAACCACGCUGCUUGAGGCUCUGGACUGCAUCCUACCACCAACUCGUCCAACUGACAAGCCCUUGCGCCUGCCUCUCCAGGAUGUCUACAAAAUUGGUGGUAUUGGUACUGUUCCUGUUGGCCGAGUGGAGACUGGUGUUCUCAAACCCGGUAUGGUGGUCACCUUUGCUCCAGUCAACGUUACAACGGAAGUAAAAUCUGUCGAAAUGCACCAUGAAGCUUUGAGUGAAGCUCUUCCUGGGGACAAUGUGGGCUUCAAUGUCAAGAAUGUGUCUGUCAAGGAUGUUCGUCGUGGCAACGUUGCUGGUGACAGCAAAAAUGACCCACCAAUGGAAGCAGCUGGCUUCACUGCUCAGGUGAUUAUCCUGAACCAUCCAGGCCAAAUAAGCGCCGGCUAUGCCCCUGUAUUGGAUUGCCACACGGCUCACAUUGCAUGCAAGUUUGCUGAGCUGAAGGAAAAGAUUGAUCGCCGUUCUGGUAAAAAGCUGGAAGAUGGCCCUAAAUUCUUGAAGUCUGGUGAUGCUGCCAUUGUUGAUAUGGUUCCUGGCAAGCCCAUGUGUGUUGAGAGCUUCUCAGACUAUCCACCUUUGGGUCGCUUUGCUGUUCGUGAUAUGAGACAGACAGUUGCGGUGGGUGUCAUCAAAGCAGUGGACAAGAAGGCUGCUGGAGCUGGCAAGGUCACCAAGUCUGCCCAGAAAGCUCAGAAGGCUAAAUGAAUAUUAUCCCUAAUACCUGCCACCCCACUCUUAAUCAGUGGUGGAAGAACGGUCUCAGAACUGUUUGUUUCAAUUGGCCAUUUAAGUUUAGUAGUAAAAGACUGGUUAAUGAUAACAAUGCAUCGUAAAACCUUCAGAAGGAAAGGAGAAUGUUUUGUGGACCACUUUGGUUUUCUUUUUUGCGUGUGGCAGUUUUAAGUUAUUAGUUUUUAAAAUCAGUACUUUUUAAUGGAAACAACUUGACCAAAAAUUUGUCACAGAAUUUUGAGACCCAUUAAAAAAGUUAAAUG